AUGGACACUCGCACCACCAGGCGAAUCACUCGCAGCGAGCGCCGGAGAGAGAAAUUUGACGCCACCGACAAUCCUACCGAGCAGGCAGACUUAAUGCUAGCUUCUCACAAGAGAAGAACUCGAGGUCGCGCUCCAAGCUUCAUUAAGGAGGAGAUUGGGUUCGACAAAGCGUUACAGCAGGCCUUGACUUUGUCCCUGCAAGAGAGUGGUCCCCCUACCCGCAGCCCGACCUCAUGUUCGACUGGCACAGGUGAUAGUCAUGCUGCACCGAGCAGUGAGAGCCCAGCACUCAAAGAAUUUGAGAGUCGGCCUGAGCGCCAAGCUCGGCAGAGAUCACCAGUCUCAAAACCCUCUAAGACGCUAGAGAUACCUCGUACGAAGAAGCGAAAAUUGGCGCACUCCUUGUCUCUUGAAGAGCCGCCUCAUGGCGAGACAACGAUCAAGCAACCUUCGGAUGCAGCAAUUACCAAGAAGCUUGCGGCAAAGGAGGCCAGAUAUGCGGCUGUGGCUGCCAGAAAUGACCAUCUCCUGCAUCUUCCGCCCACCAACGGCCAGAUUUAUGUGAAUAAAAGGGGAGUCUUGGUCCGAAGCCGAAACGAUGACCCUUAUAACGCCCACGUCAACGAUGCACCCCCUCAUCCCAAAAUCAUCCAGGCCGAGAAAGCAGGCACUUUGACUCGAGAAAAAUUACGAUGGUACAAGGACAUGGCUCAUGAUGUCAACAUUCCCGUGGCCGGAAUACCCUCUGACAAACCUUGGCGUCCGAAGUUGGACUAUUCAGCGGUGUUCGCGCCCGGAGUCUUGGAUCGCGAUAUGUGGCGCUCUUUGGAUCGCAUUCCUACACUGACUUUUGGACCAGUCGAGUUCAUCAUGAAACACAAAGAGCUAAUUGAUGACUUACAGGAGGAUGCCUUCCACCAGCGCCCGUCGAUUAAGAUUCACGUGCCCGAUCUGCUGAAAGGUCUGCUGGUUGAUGACUGGGAGAACAUCACCAAGAACAACCAGCUUGUUCCCCUUCCGCACCCCAACCCCGUCACAAAGCUUCUCAACGACUACCUCGAGUACGAGAAGGCCCAGCGCCAGGAGGGCUCUGCAGCUAUUGAUAUCUUGGAGGAGACUGUCUCCGGUCUGAGGGAGUACUUCGACAAGUGCCUUGGCAGAAUUCUACUGUACCGUUUUGAGCGUCCUCAGUAUGCUCAGAUUCGCGAGAAGUGGAACGAUUCCACAUCAGAGCUCUUUGGCAAGACUGCUUGCGACACCUACGGCGCUGAGCACUUGAUGCGCCUGAUGACUUCUCUUCCCGAGCUGGUUGCUCAGACCAACAUGGACCAGCAGUCCGUGAACCGCCUCCGUGAGGAGCUUGCCAAGCUCUGCCAGUGGCUGGAGAAGAACGCUGCCGAAUACUUCCUGAGCGAAUAUGAGACGCCCGCUGCUGACUAUCCCGACAAGCCGAAGAAUUAG